AUGCCCCCCAAGAAGGUGAAGGACUUUGCGAAUGCUCCAGUAUUAAAGAUGGCGCACGGGGAGCAGGUGCAGCUCCUGUCUGAUGCGCUACUUCGGGAGUACAUGCACCGCCGCGGCUUCCUCGCGACCUUGAAGGCCUUUGAUGACGAGCAUCCGCGCGAUGAGAACACAAUCUCUUCACGUGCGCUGAUGUCCGACCUCAUGGCACUCAACCCUGACGACCAACAGCGCAUGAAAGGCGAGGGCAUUGAGACAAUCAUGGAGAUGCUGUGCAACUUGCGCGUUGAGCGCCGACUGAAGACGGAGAAGCUGACAGCUGAGGCGCACAUGCCGCUGCCGAAGUUGCCCGCCGGCUACGAGGCACUCAAGAAGAAGCAAGCUGAACGAGCGGCGCGCAAGGCGGAGAGGCAGCAGCAGCAAAAAGCGUCCCUCAAGAAGAAGCUAAAGGCGUCCGCUUCUCCUAUAAAAGAUCGUGAGUUUCAGGAGACCAGCGACACACUCCAGCGGAAGAAUAGCAGGCAUGGUAAGCGUCACCAGCGGCUCUCUGCUACCUCACCGAGCGGCGCGUCUCGCGGGAGAGAGCCGGCUGGCAUCACAAUGGACGACUUGCUCGGCAGCUCGCAUGGCAGCAGCGACGGUGACAAGGAUCAUGACACCCCGGACGAAGAAGAGGGAGAGGACCGCCGCAGCUCCGCCAGUCCCAUAGCAGAGUAUGCCGUCGCGAGAUCAGCUGUCACAUUGUCUGCGUCGGGUGCAGGUCGAUCCUCAUCGAAGCAGGCAAGUGCACAAUCGUCCCAACCUGCCUGGAUGGAAGUUGCCGCAAGGCAGAAGCCACCGCCGAUGAAAGGGAAUGAUGGCGACGGUGGUGCACAACAGAGGACUUUUGACGACGAGGGUGGCUAUAAUAACGGUGCAGUAGACAGCGAGGCCGACGAGGGCAGCGACAAGGAUGCCGACGACUUUGGAGGAGCUGCAAUGACGGCAGAGCAGCGAGACCAGCUCAGUGCUGCGUUUCAGCUCCUCUGUGGUUUUGACGGCAGCUUGCACAAGGCUUUUCUGGAGCAGGGCUUCCUCUUCGACGACUGCGCCAACUGUGCGCUCAUUCAGUGGCAGCCAGGCGGCUGUGACGGAGUUAUUGCACCGAUUCAAGCCUUUGUGGCUGCCUACUACUACGAACGCGAGGUGUACGUGGGCAAGGAGCAGCGCCAGCGCGAAUGCCUUGCCAAGGCGUUGUGUACUUCACUGGAGCAGGCGCAGCCGAACGUCGCUAAGAUUGUUUUGCUCGACAGUGCAUGGAAGGCCGAGCCUGGCUGCUCUCGCUACAUGCGCAGUCACGCCCUACAGCAGGCGGCGAAGCCUCGCACGCGGUGCUGGACGAAUAUGAAGAGCAUGCAGGACGUCACUCAGGUCGUGCGCGACACACUGCUCACCGAGGCGCGCUGGAUGAAGCCACGCGGCGGGGGUGUUGCGAGCUUCUUGUUCUCACUGCUCCUCUCGCAUGGGGUGGAUGUGGUACAGCAGGAGCUCACCAAAGCAAGCACCGCUGAGGGCGGGCCUCCGUCACUGCUCCUUCCCACCUCUGGUCGCGCAACGCUGGGUCUCGUCAAUUUUGUCUUGACGGGCCAUGCCAUUUUUUUUCGCCACAACGGGGUACAGAACGGGAAUCGAGUGGGGUACUCUUCCCGACUCCGAUGCGGGCUGCUCUGCGGCGAUUAUGCCGCCGAUUCAGAUCGCCUUGACCGAGCCUCCGCAACCAAUGCAGCGUCGUCGUCUCCCUUUUCCUACACAAAUGCAACCGAGCCGCAGCUUCCUAGCUGGGUGCUGUGGCACCGGGACAGCUUUGCAAAUCUGUACAUGCCCAAGGAUACACGGCAGCUGUUUCAACAAAAGCUGAACUUAGGUGGGAGCGCAUCGGUCGAUCUGGUUUACUGGGACGCCGCAACGGAGGACGACGAAUUCGCGCUUACAGUGACAGUGCACAGCGCCGCCUUCGUCCCCGGCAGCGGCAGUGGUGGUGGUGCGCGUAAUGCCAAGUCUUUCGUGAACACCGCCAUCAUGUCGGUUCCAGCAUGGUCGUCUGCGGCGAUUGACUGGAAUGGAAAGGCGCCUCUACGAGAUUGA